GUCGAGUGUGUCACUGGCGCUCACUUGCUGGCCCUCGGUUGGACCUUUGACUACAUGGACAAGAACAAGACAUAUGUCAAUGUCACACUCCCGGACCUGCCUGAGGAGUACGCGCAGCACACCAACCUUUGCGCCCCCCAGUCUCUCGUAGACCAGUGGUUCACAGCACUGGAAGAGAAGGCGCAAGAGCUUGGAGACCCUGAGAAGAGUGUCGAGAACCAGAAGAGAUCUGCCCGUACUUCCAUCUUCGAUAAACGUGCCCGUAACUGCAAGCAGAUGCAGGAAGCUGAGAUCUCAGGCGUCCAUCAAUACAGUUGCUCUAGCGCUGCUCAUCCUUCUCAGUGUUCUUCAUGUGCACGUUGGUCCACUUCCACCUUCAUCACCGCUAUGGCAGCAUGCGCAUACAAAUCAACCAACAACGAACAGGUCCAGUGCUGUGCUACUGCUGUCCUGGCUUACGGCACUUACUAUACUCAAACCUGCUUGGCUAAAUAA